GGUUUUGGGUAUCACAAGUUCGCUUUACUCAUCUGAGCAAGAGCAACAAAAAGAAGAAACAUUUCCAAUUCUAAAAAAACAAUAUAGUAAUUUGUUCAGCAUGAAAGCUGUAGCUAUUACGCUGCUCUUGGCCAUUGGAGCCUACGGCCGGUCAUUGACGGUUCUUCCCGACUGCGACACUUCUGUUGUGCACCCACCAGUCCAACCGAGUGAACCAUCCAUUCACCCGGUUCCAAUUUUCGGUGGUGGAGACGUCUCCUUCGGUGGCCAACAGCCAUCCAUUGUUCCAGUCCCAGUCUUCUCAGGCGGUGAUGUCUCUUUCGGCGGACAACAGCCAUCCAUUGUUCCAGUCCCAGUCUUCUCAGGCGGUGAUGUCUCUUUCGGCGGACAACAGCCAUCCAUUGUUCCAGUCCCAGUCUUCUCUGGCGGUGAUGUCUCCUUCGGCGGACAACAGCCAUCCAUUGUCCCAGCUCCAAUCUUCGGAGGUAGCGAUGCCUCCAUCGGGGGUGGAAUUUCUAUUCUCCCAUCCGUAGGCAGUGGUACUAAGCUCCCACCAAAGGAACCCGUCGUCUCUAUCCUCCCAGCCGUUGAGCCACAACAGCCAUCAAUUGUUCCAGUCCCAGUCUUCUCAGGCGGUGAUGUCUCUUUCGGCGGACAACAGCCAUCCAUUGUCCCAGUCCCAGUCUUCUCUGGCGGUGAUGUCUCCUUCGGUGGACAACAGCCAUCCAUUCACCCAGUUCCAAUCUUCGGAGGUAGCGAUGCUUCUAUCGGUGGUCAACAGCCAUCCAUUGUCCCAGUCCCAGUCUUCUCUGGCGGUGAUGUUUCCUUCGGUGGACAACAGCCAUCCAUUCACCCAGUUCCAAUCUUCGGAGGUAGCGAUGCUUCUAUCGGUGGUCAACAGCCAUCCAUUGUCCCAGUCCCAGUCUUCUCUGGAGGUGAUGUUUCUUUCGGUGGACAACAGCCAUCCAUUGUCCCAGUCCCAGUUUUCUCUGGCGGUGACGUUUCUUUCGGCGGACAACAGCCAUCCAUUGUUCCAGUUCCAAUCUUCGAGGGACAAAAGCCAUCCAUCAUCGGUGGACCAGUCGUUGACAACAAGCUCCCAGUUGUUGAACCAGUAGUAUCCAUCAAACCUGUUGUUGAACCACAACAGCCAUCCAUUGUCCCAGUCCCAGUUUUCUCUGGCGGUGAUGUUUCUUUCGGUGGACAACAACCAUCCAUUGUCCCAGUCCCAGUUUUCUCUGGCGGUGAUGUUUCUUUCGGUGGACAACAACCAUCCAUUGUCCCAGUCCCAGUUUUCUCUGGCGGUGAUGUUUCUUUCGGUGGACAACAACCAUCCAUUGUCCCAGUCCCAGUGUUCUCUGGCGGUGAUGUUUCUUUCGGCGGCCAACAGCCAUCCAUUGUUCCAGUUCCAAUCUUCGAAGGACAAAAGCCAUCCAUCAUCGGGGGCCCAGUUAUUGACAACAAACUCCCAGUUGUUGAACCAGUAGUAUCCAUCAAGCCUGCCGUUCAACCAGUAGUAUCCAUCAAACCUGCCGUUGAACCACAACAGCCAUCCAUUGUUCCAGUCCCAGUGUUCUCUGGUGGUGAUGUCUCCUUCGGUGGACAACAGCCAUCCAUUCACCCAGUUCCAAUCUUCGGAGGUAGCGAUGCUUCUAUCGGUGGGCAACAGCCAUCCAUUGUCCCAGUCCCAGUCUUCUCUGGCGGUGAUGUAUCCUUCGGUGGACAACAGCCAUCCAUUGUUCCAGUCCCAGUUUUCUCUGGUGGUGACGUUUCUUUCGGCGGACAACAGCCAUCCAUUGUUCCAGCUCCAAUCUUCGGAGGUAGCGAUGCUUCUAUCGGAGGGGGAAUUUCUAUCCUCCCAUCGGUCGGCAGUGGCACCAAACUCCCACCAAAGGAACCCGUCAUCUCCAUCCUUCCAGUCCAAGGUGGUGAGGUCAUCUCUAUCCUUCCAGCCCCUGAGCAGGGAUGCGUUGAAGAGGUUCUUCCAGCUGUUGAACCACAACAGCCAUCUAUUGUCCCAGUGCCAGUUUUCUCUGGCGGUGAUGUUUCUUUCGGUGGACAACAGCCAUCCAUUGUCCCAGUCCCAGUGUUCUCUGGCGGCGAUGUUUCUUUCGGUGGACAACAACCAUCCAUUGUCCCAGUCCCAGUUUUCUCUGGCGGUGAUGUUUCUUUCGGUGGACAACAACCAUCCAUUGUCCCAGUCCCAGUUUUCGCUGGCGGUGAUGUCUCAUUCGUAGGACAACAGCCAUCCAUCCAUCCAGUUCCAAUCUUCGGAGGAAGCGAUGCUUCCAUUGGAGGACAACAACCAUCCCUUGUCCCAGUCCCAAUCUUUGCCGGUGGAGACGCUGCUAUUGAAGGACACCAAGCUGAUAAGUGGAUCAUCUUCUAAAUACCCGGGCACCUGUAAAGACAACUUAACGGAUUACGAAUGUGAUAUACAUAUUUAACUACACAAAUUUCAAAAUUGUAAUUUAUAACUAACUUUGAAUUUUAUUAGAAUAAUAAAUUGAAUAAUUCAGCAUCAA